AUGAGGGGUGUGCCUCCACUCGGCCUGGCUUUAAUUACCCGCGUAGGCACCCGUAAGCGCGGCAGAGGCACCCGUAAGCGCGGCAGAGGCACCCGUAAGCGCGGCAGAGGCACCCGUAAGCGCGGCAGAGGCACCCGUAAGCGCGGCAGAGGCACCCGUAAGCGCGGCAGAGGCACCCGUAAGCGCGGCAGAGGCACCCGUAAGCGCGGCAGAGGCACCCGUAAGCGCGGCAGAGGCACCCGUAAGCGCGGCAGAGGCACCCGUACGCGCGGCAGAGGCACCCGUACGCGCGGCAGAGGCACCCGUACGCGCGGCAUAAGGGAAGAGCAUAUUGACUUCUUCACCGCUGGCCCCGCUCGCUCCGAAGUGGAACUGUAUCAAUAA